AUCCAUAUACUCUUCACACGGCUAACAUUAAAUUCUAUAUGUGAACGUGGUAGUUCUCCAAAAGUACCUGCCAUUAAUUAUGUCUAUUCUUCUUUCAAACACAAAAAGAAAAAAGCCAACUCGGUAGUCGGCAAUACGUAUCUCUCUCUCUUUUUCUCCAUCGUUUACAUGUAUUUCAGCUACUGCAUUGUCCCUAGUCAGAUUCUCCUGCCUUCCAUCGUUUAAGUGGCUCAACAAGGAUCAGUGCUGUGUCUAUGUUAUUUGCUUCUUUUGGUUCUCUACAAGAUUUAUGGAGAAUACAGAGUUUAGAAGAGAAGAGUUGAGUAGUUAAACGAAGUGAGUAUCUUUCAUUUUCUUGUCUCUCUUGCGCUUUUGCCUUGCAAUUUCAAAAGGAAGAGAAAAAGAUAAGAGAAAAAGAGAGACUUUUCAUGCUGUAGUGCUAAAAAUUCCACGCAGAGAGAAUUUUGAUGAAGGCGUAGCAAAUGGGUUUCUACUGUCUUCUUCUUUUCAUUGAGUAAAAGGAGAGGAUUUUUGAAGCAAAAAGCCAACAUGGGUUUCUUCUGGUUUUAUCCCCUAGUUACUCUGUUGAUUGCACUGGCAACUCUACAACAUGUUUGCGGAAAUACGGAGCUAAGAGCUUUAAUGGAGCUCAAGUCAGCUUUAGACCCUGCCGAUAAGUUCUUGAACUCGUGGACUAGCGACGGCGACCCCUGCAGCGGCAAAUUCGAGGGGGUUGCUUGCAAUGAGCACCGGAAAGUGGCCAACAUUUCACUGCAGGGAAAAGGUCUCUCUGGCACCGUAUCACCAGCAGUGGCCGAGCUUAAAUGCUUGUCGGGUCUUUACUUGCAUUAUAACUCGCUGUCUGGAGAGAUACCGAAAGAGUUAGCGAAUUUAACGGAGUUGUCUGAUCUUUAUCUAAAUGUAAAUAAUCUUUCAGGGAGCAUUCCUCCUGAAAUUGGUGGCAUGGCUAAUCUCCAAGUUUUGGAGCUAUGUUGUAACCAGCUAACAGGUCAUAUACCUAAAGAGAUUGGGUCCUUGAAGAGACUAACCGUUCUCGCAUUACAAUAUAACAGACUAACUGAUCAAAUUCCAACCAGCUUGGGGAAUUUGGGGAUGUUGAGAAGGCUUGAUUUAGGUUUCAAUCGCUUGUUUGGUCCAGUUCCUCCGAGUGUAUCAAAUGCUCCUCAAUUGCAAGUGCUAGAUGUCCGAAACAAUUCUCUUUCUGGAAUGGUUCCUUCUGCUCUGCAGAGAUUAAAAGGAGGGUUUCAGUUUGAGAACAACAAAGAUUUAUGCGGAGUUGGGUUUCCAACACUGAGAGCUUGCACUCCAUUUGAUAAUGUGAACAUCAACCAAGUUGAAUCCCAGGGGCCAAUCACGAAUGCUACUGCUUCCAAGAAUAUCCCAGAAUCUGCAAUUUUGCAGACACCUUGCAAGCAAUCCAACUGUUCACAUUCGUCAAAAUUUCCACAAAUUGCCAUUGUUGCAGGGGUUAUUACAGCUACUGUUGUGCUGAUAGGUGCUGGAUUUUUCAUCAUUUUAUUUUUUCGCAAGAAAAAACAGAAGAUUGGAACUACAGCUGAGUCUUCUGUUGGAAGGCUGAGCACAGACCAGGCUAAGGAGUUCCAUAGGGGUGGGGCCUCUCCACUGGUUAUCCUGGAGUACUCUAAUGGGUGGGAUCUAUUUGGUGAUUGCCGAAACGGCAUCGGAGUAUUUGAAGACAGUCUAAAUAACUUCAGAUUCAACCUAGAAGAGAUUGAAUCUGCAACACAAUGCUUCUCUGAGGUGAAUUUCCUGGGAAAGAGCAGCUUCUCAUCUGUUUACAAAGGAAUACUUAGAGAUGGUUCACUUGUAGCAAUUACGAGCAUUAACAUAACUAGCUGUAAAUCUGAAGAAGAUGAAUUUGUGAAGGGCUUGAACUUGCUGACAUCGCUGAGACAUGAGAACCUUAUUAGAUUGCGAGGCUUUUGUUGUUCCAGGGGUAGGGGUGAAUUGUUUCUGGUCUAUGAUUUUGCUCCUAAUGGAAGUCUGUCCAAAUAUCUUGAUAUAGAAGAUGGAAGCAACCAUGUCCUCAGCUGGUCCACAAGGGCUUCCAUUAUCAAUGGCAUUGCAAAAGGUAUUGAAUAUCUGCACAGCAGUGAAGCAAACAAACCUGCCAUAAUCCACCGCCGCAUAUCUGUGGAGAAAGUUCUCCUUGAUCAACAAUUCAACCCGAUGAUUGCGGACUCUGGCCUCCAAAAGCUUCUAGCAGAUGAUAUUGUCUUCUCAGCCAUUAAAAUCAGUGCUGCCAUGGGAUACCUAGCUCCAGAGUAUGUCACUACUGGGCAUUUUACUGAGAAGAGUGAUAUGUAUGCAUUUGGAGUGAUCGUCCUUCAAAUCCUCUCCGGAAAACAGAUGCUUUCCAGUUCAAUGCGCUUGGCAGCUGCAUCGUGCAGAUAUGAAGAUUUUAUUGACACCAAUCUUAAAGGGAACUUCUCUGAAUCAGAAGCAGCUAAGCUAGCCAAAAUUGGACUUGCUUGCACCCAAGAGCUUCCUGAGCACAGACCAACCAUGGGGGAAGUAAUUCAAGAGCUCAAUUUGAGAAAAUGAUGACCCACAAAAUGCAAGGAAACUGGUGACUUCAUACACUGCACAAACCGCUGAUGCUAAUUGUUACACUUGUGGGAUGAAGGUUUACAACAAAUUUGGGUAAGAUGAUUUCUUUUUGUAAAAUUGGAAUUGAUUGACAAGACACUCUUGCAGAUGCAAACCCUUGUGAUUUUAUUGUAACAAACUUUUUUUUAAGAGCCUCACAGAGGAUGGCACAAACCUUGUAAUAUCUCUGGAAAAGAGAGAACUAUCAAGCCUUUGUAUUCGUUUAUUCUGUUAAAAGUAGUUGAUUGUAUCUCGGAAAA